CGAAAACAUUGGAUAUACUGUUGGUUCAUAAACUCUAUAGAAGUUAAAUAACUUUUAAGUAUUUGCAAAAUUAUAGUAAAUAAGAAAAUAUGAAUAAUCUAUUGACAUCCAGUGUUUGUGUUAUUUUAUUCACUUUUGUAAUGAUCAACAAUUGUUAUGCGGGCUUUACUUACACCAUAUGUGAUGAGUCACAACUUAAGGGAAUCGUAAAUUGGAUUAAUGUUAGCGAUUGUGAUCCCAGUCUAACUGAUCGGUGUAUUUUCAAAAAGGGAACAAAUGUGACCAUUUCUACAAGCGAGAGUACAGAUAGUCUUAAAGUGAAGAUAACGGGCACUGUAUUGGGUCUGUCAGUGCCCUGGAGAGUGAAUCCGGACAACGCCUGUGCCCAUGGAGUCAACUGUCCCGUCGCUGCAAAUGUCGAUAAUGUAUUCAUGCUGUCAAUGCCCAUAAGCCCGGCCUACCCGAGCAUUCCUGUGCAGGUGAGGCUCAGGUUGGAGGACAGCCGCAAACGACCGCACUUUUGCGCUCAGUUUCCCGUCAAGAUUGACAACUGA